GUCAAUUUUUGCUGCGGCACUGUAGCUGGAACAGUGCCGUUCCAGCUACAGUGCCGGCCCGGCCUCUUCGCAAACAUAGCCAGAAAGUCGACAUCGCCAUCCGAGAACAACUUCUUUAUCAGCUCUAAAAUUAGAUACAAAUGUAUUAAUAUUUUAUUUUUUUGUAUUUACAGAGCUGUAUCCAAAGUUGCUGACGAUUCGCUGUGUGAUAUUUUUGCGCCGUGGCUGAAAAAGAUGGCUCUUAUCUGCUUUACCCACGAAUUCGUGAGCGUUAUACACGGAGUCAUGCUACGAAAGAUACCCCCGUUCACACGGUAUUCAAUUUCAGACUCUUCUUUCUUGCUUCUACCAUUCCAAGUUCAUAUUCAACCCUUGUGUAAGCUUCGAUCGUUCUAUUACAAUUUCAACUAUUCAAUGCUUCCCUACUAAGGUACUAAGGAUUUCUCCGUUUUUCUCUUUCGUCUCAAUCUUAAUUUGCAUGGUUUGCUCGCUGUUUGGUUGGUUUUUUUUUCUUCUCAAGCUGAAUGGGACGAGAAUUUUGACGGGUUUUCUUUGUUUUGUUGCCCAGUCGUUGGAGCUUUUUGCUCUACUUAGAUUUGAAUUCUUUGAUCAUACAUUUUAUUUACAAAUUGUUAUAAGCUACUACUUCUUUUUCUUCAGAGCAAUUGAGUUGCUUUGGAAUUCAAUUGUUAUUUCCUGUUAUCAGGCCGAGUAGUCGGAUACUACAAAAAUUCCCAGUUUUGGGUACUCGGAAAAAUUUGAGACUUCUGACGCUCUUUGCGUUAUUGGGAUGUAUCAUUCAAGAGCUUGCACGUAUGGAAUAUAUAUUGUUUCAUGCUUGUGCUGGUGGUCUUCACUACUUAUAGGAGGAGCACAGCAUCACUUUACCGACCCUAUAGAAGUAACGGCAUUGCAAGCUAUCAAGAGAAGUUUGAUAGAUCCCUAUAAGAAUCUGAGUAAUUGGAAUCAAGGAGAUCCAUGUACGUCAAAUUGGAGAGGGGUUGUGUGCUUCAAUACGACAUUAGAUGAUGGAUAUCUACAUGUUCAACAAUUGCAACUACUAAAAAUGAAUUUGUCAGGAAGUUUAUCACCAGAGCUUGGCCGCUUAUCGAAUAUGACAAUAUUGGAUUUUAUGUGGAACAACAUAAGUGGGAGUAUACCAAAGGAGAUAGGCAAUAUUACGUCUUUGGAACUCUUGCUUGUGAAUGGAAACCAAUUAACAGGUCCCUUACCUGAAGCGCUCGGUUCUCUCUCAAACUUGGACAGAAUACAAAUUGACGAGAAUCGCAUAUCAGGAUCGAUACCUAUAUCAUUUUCAAACUUGAACAAAGCGAAGCACUUUCACAUGAACAACAAUUCAAUUAGUGGGCAAAUUCCACCUGAACUAUCUAAAUUACCAAGACUUGUUCACUUCCUUGUUGAUAAUAACAACUUAUCAGGGUACCUUCCACCAGAGUUCUCCAAAAUGCCGAAUUUACGGAUACUUCAACUUGAUAACAAUCACUUUGAUGGGACUACAAUUCCCUCUUCUUACAGCUACAUGUCUAAAUUGCUGAAGUUGAGCCUUAGGAACUGCAACUUGCAAGGACCUAUUCCUGAUUUGAGCCAAAUACCAAACCUUUAUUAUCUGGAUCUCAGUUCAAAUCAGCUAAAUGGAUCCGUACCUCAGUAUAGGCUUUCUGAGAAAAUCACAACCAUCUAUUUAUCCAACAACAAUCUUACUGGAACGGUUCCUGCCAACUUUUCGGGUCUUCCUCAUCUUCAGAAACUGUCAGUCGCGAACAAUUCAUUGAUUGGUUCUGUUCUAUCCACUAUUUGGCAAAAUAGGACUUUGAACGGAAUGGAAAGCCUUAAAGUGCUUCAAGGGAAUCCCUUAUGCUCAACUACCAAUCUGGUCCAGUUUUGUGGAUCUGAAAGUGAGGAUGAAAAUAAUAGCCAGAGUUCAACAGAUACCACUUCUAAUUGUCAAUCUCAAGAGUGCCCACCCCCUUAUGAAUAUUUCCCUACAUCUCCUGUACCUUGUUUCUGUGCUGCCCCUCUGCUUGUUGGAUAUCGGUUGAAAAGUCCUGGAUUCAUAGAUUUUCGCCCCUACAGAUAUGCAUUUGAGGACUUCUUGACAUCUGCUCUUAAGUUAUUUCGUUAUCAACUGUACAUUGAUUCCAUUACAUGGGAAGAAGGACCUCGACUCAGAAUGUACCUGAAAAUAUUUCCUGUAAAUGAUGUUAACGAGAAUUCUCAUAUCUUCAAUGGGAGUGAGGUUCAGCGAAUUAUGAACAUGUUCAUAUCAUGGAAAAUUAAUGAUCCUGGCGUAUUUGGACCUUAUGAAGUUCUUAGCUUCACUCUACUUGACAUUUAUAAUGAUGUGAUUUCCACCUCUCCAAGGUCUGCUUUAAGCAUGGGCGCAUUGGCUGGCAUAGUAUUGGGGGCCAUUGCAGGUGCAGUUGCAUUGUCUACAGUUGUUUCUCUCCUGAUAGUAAGAAUGCGGAUGAGGAAGUACCAUGCAAUUUCUAGAAGACGUCAUUCAUCCAAGGCCUUCAUGAAAAUUGAUGGUGUGAAGGCUUUCACUUUUAGAGAAAUGGCUAUGGCUACAGAAAAAUUUUACAGCUCCACUGAGAUUGGCCAGGGAGGGUAUGGAAAGGUUUAUAAAGGCAUUCUAGCUGAUGGUACAGUUGUUGCCAUAAAACGUGCACAAGAGGGAUCCUUACAGGGUGAAAAUGAGUUCUUAACAGAGAUAGAACUGUUGUCAAGAUUACAUCACAGAAACCUCGUGUCUUUAAUUGGAUAUUGUGAUGAAGGCGGUGAACAGAUGUUGGUCUAUGAGUUUAUGUCAAAUGGUUCUCUAAGGGAUCACCUUUCUGCCUCCAAGUCUAAAGAACCUCUUAGUUUUGCUAUGAGAUUGAGAAUUGCCCUGGGAUCAGCUAAGGGCAUCCUCUACCUGCAUACGGAAGCUAACCCUCCAAUAUUUCACCGGGAUAUCAAGGCCAGCAACAUAUUAUUGGACUCUAACUAUACGGCAAAAGUUGCCGAUUUUGGACUUUCGCGACUUGCCCCAAUUCCAGAUAUCAAAGGGACUGUGCCUGCUCAUAUAUCCACAAUUGUGAAAGGGACUCCAGGUUACCUUGAUCCGGAGUAUUUCUUAACUCAUAAACUCACGAACAAAAGUGAUGUUUAUAGUCUCGGUGUGGUAUUUCUAGAACUCCUAACUGGGAUGCGGCCAAUCACACAUGGCAAAAACAUUGUUAGAGAGGUCAACGUCACAUAUCAAUCUGGUAAGAUCUUUUCGGUUAUUGAUGAGAGGAUGAGAUCUUGUCCUUCUGAAUGUUUGGUGAUAUUCGCAACUUUGGCCCUCAAGUGUUGCCAAGAUGUGACAGAUGCACGACCUUCAAUGGCAGAGGUGGUCCGUGAACUUGAACGUAUAUGCCUUAUGAUGCCUGAGUCCGGCAUUAGAAUAGCAGACCCCAUGGGAGUUGAUGCUGAAAAAACAGUGACUCCACCGUCAUCAUCCUCUACAUUGAAGAAUUCUGAUAUGUGGUCAGAUGUAUCCGGAAGCAACCUUGUUAGUGGGGACAUUUCAAGCAUCACGCCUAGAUAGAAAACUUGGUUUUUGAUUUUGUUUAAUUUGUAGUCUCACACUCUUUCUUUUUUACAAUUUGUUUUGGGAAAGUUAUAGUUAGAACAGUAGAUGGUAUGAUAAUGUUGCUACAUAAACUGACAUUGUAAAGUAAACAGAGUUAUUGAUAGUAAAAUACAAUUAACAGGAUAUAUAAUUUUACUGCUCAAAAGUUUAUGGUGUCUGAUU